GUGGAGAAUUAACUGAUGCCUCUCAGUUUUGUGUGUUUGUUUAUAUCAAGACAAAUAGCUAGCAAAAAUUUAGCUGAUUAGCUAGAAAGCUAGCCCGUUAUGUUUACAGCAAUAAACAGAAGAAGUUUGGGACAAUUGCCCUGUCUGGCCCAGAGGUUUCAGAGUACUCUGGUAAUAGCAGAGCACAACAACAACCAGCUCACACCCAUCACACUGAACGCCAUUACUGCUGCCAGCAAGGUGGGAGGAGAGGUCACCUGCUUGGUGGCUGGAACCAACUGUGCCAAGGUUGCAGACCAGAUCAGUAAAGUCCAGGGGGUCAAGAAGAUUCUAGUGGCUCAACAUGACUGCUACAAAGGACUGUUACCAGAGGAAUUGACUCCUUUGAUUCUUGCUACCCAGAAACAGUUCAACUUCACACACAUCUGUGCAGGAGCUUCUGCUUUUGGGAAGAAUCUCCUUCCCAGAGUGUCAGCCAAGCUGGAUGUUGCAACUCUCUCUGACAUCACCGAGGUCAAAUCUCAAGACACCUUCGUUAGAACCAUUUACGCUGGUAAUGCCCUGGCCACAGUGAAGUGCAAUGAGAAAGUCAAGGUGUUCACAGUGAGGGGAACUUCCUUUGAACCUGCUGCUGUGGAGGGAGGCAGUGCUGCUACUGAACAGGUUGCCUCACCCUCUCCUGCGGGGAUGUCAGAAUGGCUUGAGCAGAGCCUGACCAAGAGCGAUCGACCAGAGCUCACUAGUGCCAAAGUGGUGGUGUCCGGAGGACGAGGGCUGAAGAGCGGUGAGAACUUCAAACUGCUGUACGACCUCGCUGACAAAAUGGGCGCUGCAGUGGGGGCUUCCAGAGCUGCUGUGGAUGCUGGCUACGUCCCCAAUGACAUGCAGGUCGGCCAGACUGGCAAGAUUGUAGCACCUGAACUCUACAUCGCAGUGGGCAUCUCUGGAGCUAUUCAGCACCUGGCUGGGAUGAAGGACAGCAAGAUAAUCGUUGCCAUCAACAAAGAUCCAGAGGCACCUAUUUUCCAGGUAGCUGACUACGGUUUGGUGGAGGAUCUCUUCAAGGCUGUUCCUGAGAUGACUGCAGCAUUGAAGAAAUGAUCGCCAUCGUGAUCCAACCAAGAUCCUAUAAUACUCCGAAAUCUGAAGAUGAAACAUUAACCACUUAUAAGCUGCCAGAACAAAAGAAAAUCCUGCCUUAAACUGCAUUUCAUGCUUCUUGUGCAUUUUGAAAUAGGUGCUUAAAAUGUCUAGAUCUAAUACAUCUUUGAUUGUGGUAUAUUUUUAAUGAAUAAUAAAGCUCGUGGAUAUGCUACAA